AUGUAUUCAAUACUAGGUAUGAAACCUGUGUACUACACAGAGGCAUUAAACAGGAAGCUGUUGAGCAAAAGUGUUUCAAUAUCGAUCCCAGUGAGCUCCAAUGAAGUAAAUUCUGAUGAAAUAAGUCAUGUUUCCUCUACAAGUCCCUUGUAUACUAGAAAUCAUAACAAUCAAUCGGGAGAUUCUAAUAAUGAAAAUGAUGGUGUUGUACUUGUACAUGGGGGGUGGACACAAGAAACGUUAUCUUUACUAAAAAAAUUUGCAUUUGGUGUCAUGAAUCCACAUGACAAAUAUGUUGAGCAGCUGAACAAAUUCUUUCUCAUUUCUUGCUUAUUCGCCAUUUUCAUAGACCCCUUAUUCUUUUACUUGUUGUCAGUGAAGAAGGACUACAAGUGUGUAGUAAUUAAUUGGCCAAUGGCAAUAAUCCUUGUGGUUUCCAGAAGCAUAACAGACUUUAUAUACUUGAUGCGCAUUCUUAUGGAGUUCAAGUUAGCAUUCAUUUCACCUGAAUCAAGAGUUGUAGGAGCUGGAGACUUGGUUAAACAUCAUACAAAAAUCGCAUUACAUUAUCUUUCUGGAUUUUUCUUCCUUGACUUACUUAUUGUACUCCCAAUUCCUCAGAUGAUUGUAUUAUUUGUGCAACCAAAUGGGGUUUCAUCACCAGGGGCUAGUUAUGCAAAGUUUCUCCUUCAAACAGUUAUUCUUAUUCAAUACAUUCCAAGAUUAUACCGAUUUCUGCCUCUUCUUGGUGGACAAUCUUCAAGUGGAUUCAUAUUUCAGUCAACAUGGGCAAACUUUGUCAUCAAUCUUUUGACUUUUGUCUUGGCGGGUCAUGUUAUUGGUUCAUGCUGGUAUAUGUUAGGGUUACUGAGGGUGAACAGAUGCCUUCGAGACAGCUGUCAUGAUUCUAGAAUCAUGGAUUGUAAGAAGUUUAUAGAUUGUGGGCAUGGGAAUGAUUAUGUUUAUAGGGGUUUUGAAGCUGUCAAUCUCACUACUGAAAGUAGUUUCAUCACAAGAUAUGUCUACUCCUCUUUUUGGGGGCUUCAGCAAAUCAGCACGUUAGGUGGGAAUCAAACUCCAAGUUACUUUGUUGGGGAAGUCCUUUUUACGAUGGGCAUCAUUGGACUUGGCCUUCUACUUUUUGCCCUUCUUAUUGGAAACAUGCAGAACUUUCUUCAAGGUCUUGGACGAAGACGACUUGAAAAGUCACUUAGAAGACGUGAUGUUGAGGAGUGGAUGAGUCAUCGACGUCUCCCAGAUAUGAUACGAAGAGAAGUUCGAGAGUCAGAGCGUUACCAUUGGGCAGCUACCCGAGGGGUGGAUGAAGAAACACUGAUGGAGAAUCUGCCUGAAGACUUGCAAAGAGAUAUUCGUCGCCACCUUUUUAAGUUUGUCAAGAAAGUGAAAAUUUUCGCACUUCUGGAUGAACCAAUCUUAGAUGCAAUAUGUGAAAGGCUAAGGCAAAAGACUUACAUCAAAGGAUGCACAAUUUUAUAUGAAGGAGGGUUUGUAACAAAGAUGACUUUUAUUGUAAGAGGAAAAAUGGAAAGCAUUGAAAAAAAUGGGAAUAAUAAAGUUUCAUUGUUGGAAGGUGAUGUAUGUGGUGAAGAACUUCUCAAAUGGUGCCUUGAAGAUAAAAGAAACCAAAGAAAACAAGGAAACAGAUUGCUUAGCAAUAGGACAGUGAAAUGCUUAAAAGAUGUGGAGGCAUUUGUUCUUCGGGCUGAAGAUCUUGAAGAAGUAAUCACACUUUUUGAUGGAUUUUUGAAGAAUGUUCGUGUUCAGUUUGCUAUUGGGAACAAAUCUCCAUACUGGCAAGGUGUGGCGGCAUCAACCAUUCAGAUAGUUGUUGUGGUUGAGUAUUUCCAAGUUAUUGGGUUGUUUGUUGGCAACGAGAUUCUAACCAAGACAAAUUUUUGA